UCUCCACAUCCUACAUCCAAAGCUGAAACGAAGUCGACGAUAAAAAAACUCACACUUCCACGCACGGGACACCUGCAAAGAUUCCAUGGGCGCCAAGGUUUCCUGCUCUUCCACCCACCGAGGAACCCUCUCGCAGCAGCAACACCAGCCAGCGCCCGUCAGGGUCAUCGCCGCCGACGGCUCGCUGAAGGAGCUCCCGGCCAGCCCCCGAGUCGCCGUCUCCGACGUUCUCGCCGGCGAGGCCGCCUCCUUCUUCGUGUGCAACUCCGACGCGCUCUAUUUCAACGAGCCCCCACAGGCGCUGGCCUCCGACGAGCUGCUCCGGCCGGGACAAAUGUACUUCCUGCUCCCGGCGUCGGUUCUCGGGCGGCCGCUCUCGAGCGCCGACAUGGCCGCGCUGGCCGUGCGCGCGAGCGCGGCGAUCGCGGCAAAGAGGCCUGAGCGGCGGCGCGGCGGCAACAAGAACCUGCGCGUCAUGCCCGUGCGCGAGGAGGUGGAAGACAGCGAGGAUGACCUGUUCAACGAGAAGCUUAACGAGCGGACGCUCGGGGAGUUCGCGGUGUCGUCAAGUCCGGCGAAGAAGAGCAGCGGGAAGCUCGCCGCCCCGUCGCGGCUGAGGCUGAAGCGUGCUCUGAGCAUCAUCCAGGAGGCUUCUGACUGAAAAAAAACGAGAAUUAUCCAGCAGGCUGCUGACUGACUGACGCAUUUCUCCGAGAGAAAGAUUGUGUUGUUGAUUUUUUUCCCUUCAAAUUUUGGAACCAUUCUUAGUUCUUGAGGCCUAACGGCCUAAGUCGAUAUUAAAUAGUUUUAUGUAGAUUAAGGUCGGAAAGAAGAAAAAAACUGGGAAAGAGACUGUAAAUAUCUCCCUGUGUGUAUAGUACUACGAUAGAUGCAAGACUACCAGGAAUGCGAAAAACUGAUUCUUGAGUUGUUAUCUAAUCUGUAUUUGUAA